AUGGGUGACGACAAAAAGCUGCAAGAGCAAGUCUUUUACUCGCGUGGGAUAAUCAUUGCCAUCAUGGGUUAUUUCUUCAGUCUGAACAAGGAUAAAGAGUCAACCCUCAGCGUCAAGGAGUAUGUCGAAAGCAACAUGGCCGACGACCCGAAAUUAAAGGCUUUAGAUCUGCACAAGGAGUUCAAAGACCUUGAUCUAAAUAGAGACAACAAGGUCGAUCUUGCCGGUGAGCACCUUCGACUGAAAAUGGCUCGCCUUGAAUUCCUCGUUGCGUUUUUCAAAGAAGACGCCGAGGACAAUUACAGUGAUGCCCUUAUAUUUAAGGAGGCUCGAGACCACGUUGGAGUGCUCGAAUAA